AUGAAGCCAGGAAUCUACCAAUUCUUGAUCGGCUGCUUUGCAUCGCUUGGAUCGCUACUAUUUGGCUACGAUCUAGGCGUCAUCGCUGAAGCUAUUGCGUCAAAGUCGUUCAAGGCUCAAUUUCUCCAGUCGAACGCCAAUGCUCGCAGUGGUACUGUGGUUGCCCUCUUCACUGGGGGGUGUUUUCUGGGUGCUUUUGCAGCGGGGUUCGCAGAUGGUCUGGGUCGCCGUGGCACGAUCCUUCUCGCCUGUGGAAUUUUCAUAAUCGGAGGUAUUGUCCAGACAGCGGGCGUAGUCAUCUCGAUGUUGUACAUUGGCAGGCUCCUCGCAGGAGUUGGCGUUGGUCUUCUGACGAUGGUUGUUCCCAUAUAUCAAGCAGAGAUUAGUCACCGGCGUAUUAGAGGGAGACUCACUAGCCUGCAACAGCUCUUUGAUGCGGUGGGGCAAAUAUUUGCGACUUGGAUCAGCUACGGGUGCUAUUCUGCCUGGGACAAGAGGCAGAGUAGUGCAGAAUGGCGUGUCCCCCUUGGGAUACAGAUUGUCCCAGCCAUCUUCCUCGCUGUGUUCGUGUUCAUGAUUCCCGAAAGCCCACGGUGGCUCUGUGACCACGACCAGUGGGAAAAAGGACUAGCAACUCUAGCGCAGCUUCACGCGCACGGCAAUAUUCAUGAUCCAUAUGUCAUCGCUGAGUAUAAUCUCAUCGAGACGCAAAUCCGGCAAGAGCACACCCAGAAACGGAAGACAUAUUUCGACCUUUUUAAAGGGUGGCCUAAUAUUCGACGCACAAUUUUAGUCACGGCGGCACAGGCGAGUGCUCAAAUGACAGGAGUCAGCGCCAUCCGAUAUUUCUCGCCUCAAAUUUUCGCGCAGAUCGGCAUUCCUACGAGCCUCACACUACUUCUAACAGGUGUCCAGGCUAUUAUCGCAUUUAUGGGCACCUCACUUUGCAUCUGGGUCAUUGAUUCAAUCGGACGACGACCGUUGCAGAUCGGGGGAAACCUACUCAUGGCAUGUUCGUUCGCGGUCAACUGCGCACUUAUCAAAGUCUUUCCUCCUACGUCAACGAGCACAGCAGCACACUGGACUUUUGUCGCCAUGACAUGGAUCUUUAGUUUUAUUUUUUUCGUCACCAGUGGUCCCCUGUCUUGGGCCUUGCCUGUCGAGUUCUUUGGCACUGCUAUGCGCUCCAAGGGCGUCGCAGUCGGCGCUAUGACAUCCUUCGCCUUCAACACGAUGAUAGGUCAGGUUACACCUAUUGCUAUAUCAGCUAUCGGCUGGCGAUAUUAUCUCAUCUUUAUUAUCACAAAUAUUACCAACGCCAUUUUCUUCUGGGCAUUCCUUCCCGAAACCAAAGGACUCAACUUGGAAGAUAUGGAUGAGCUGUUCUAUAACUCACCACUAUUUGUUCCGGGCACUCACUGGACUCCCACAUCUCACGUGGAUGCUGAUGCCGAGAUGAUUGCCACUGGUGAAAAGAGCUACUCAGAUGCUGCCGCUACUUACGCAGAAUUAGAGCGGAUAAAUGAACAGCAGAGGAAAGAAUGA